AAUUACCCACAUCUACACUGACUGUGACACCAGACAGUCCUGUAUUUACUGGAGAGACAGUCAAUCUGACGUGUGUGAUUGAGUCUUACAUUAAAUGGAGAUAUGAGUGGUAUAAAGGCACAGACAGUGUAAUGUUACAGACGUCUGAUCAUUACACUGUAAACAAAAACACUCUCACUAUCAGAGGAGCUACUGAGUCUGAUCAGGAUCAGUACUGGUGUAGCGGACAGAGAGAUGGAAGACCAGACUCAUCAUAUUUAAGCUACCCUGUUUAUUUCUCUGUGAAGGAUUUACCUACAUCUACACUGACUGUGACACCAGACAGUCCUGUAUUCACUGGAGAGACAGUCAAUCUGACAUGUGUGAUUGAGUCUUACAAUGACUGGAGAUAUGAGUGGUAUAAAGGCACAGACAGUGUAAUGUUACAGACGUCUGAUCGUUACACUGUAAACAAAAACACUCUCACUAUCAGAGGAGCUGCUGAGUCUGAUCAGGGUCAGUACAGGUGUAGAGGACAGAGAGAUGAAAGACCACAAUCAACAUAUUUAAUCUCUGCUGUCUCUCUCUCUGUGAAAGAUUCACCCACAUCUACACUAACUGUGACACCAGACAGUCCUGUAUUCACUGGAGACACAGUCAAUCUGAAGUGUGUGAUUGAGUCUCACCGUAACUGGAGACGGAGAAAUGACCUGACAAAUGACUGGAGAUUUAACCAGAGAAAUGGCUGGACACGUGACUGGAGAUAUGAGUGGUAUAAAGGCACAGACAGUGUAAUGUUACAGACGUCUGAUCGUUACACUGUAAACAGAGACACUCUCACUAUCAGAGGAGUGAAUGAGUCUGAUCAGGAUCAGUAUUGGUGUAAAGGACAAAGAGAUAAAAGACCACAAUCAUCACAUUUUAUCUCUACUGUUUCUUUCACUGUAAAGGGUUUACCCACAUCUAAAGUGACUAUGACACCAAAGACUGUAUUCACUGGAGAGACAGUCAAUCUGACGUGUGUGAUUGAGUCUGAUCACAGUGACUGGAGAUAUGAGUGGUAUAAAGGCACAGACAGUGUAAUGUUACAGACGUCUGAUUGUUACACUGUAAAUAGGGACACUCUCACUAUCAGAGGAGCUGCUGAGUCUGAUCAGGAUCAGUACUGGUGUAGAGGACAGAGAGAUGAAAGACCAAAAUCAUCACAGGACAGUAAACGAAUAAAUCUCUCUGUUAAUGUCUCAGCAGCUUCAUCUUCUUCUCUUCUGGUCACUGGUGUGGUUGUGUUAUUGAGUCUUUGCCUGUUGAUCUUCAUCUCACUGGUGCUGCUGUGGAGAUACAAGAAGAACAAAGAUCAGCAGUGUAACAUUAACCAGACAUCAGACCCAAAUCAAUCUGGAGAAUUUCAGAUGGAAAACUUUCCUCUACAGUCUGAUGAUCCGCAGUCAUUUUCGGAGAUCACAUAUUCAGAGGUCACAGUUCAGAAAAAGAUUUCUGUCGAUAAAGAUGAUACCAUAGCAGAGCCAAAUGAAGUGACAUACUCAGAAGUCAGAACAAAAGUAAAGAAAUGCAAAAGCAAAGGUGCUGAUGCUGGAGUUUGUGAUGCUCAACCUAUUAGGAAAGAAGGUCCCUGAGUGCAGUGAAGACAACAGACGACUAAAAGAGAUUCACAGCAGCAGACACCAUAACACUGGCAUUGCUUAAGAAAUGAAUUGAAGUGAACUGCUUCUGCACAUGCUUGACUAAAACUUUAGAGAUACAUAUGCAUAUGGACUGUAUUAUCUGUACACAUGCAAGCUAACAAAUAAAACUAUAAUAUACAGUAAAACAUUUUACAUGUGAGCACUUAUGUUAAUGAAGUGUGAGAUUUAUA